AUGCCGUUUAACAUCAACAAUGUAGACGUCACUGUGUCCGCUAACGCCAUAUUUGGUAUCACAGCUGCUGCAGUUGGAGGACUCAUUAAUGACAGUGUACUUAAUGACCCCGACAUUCAGAAAAUCUACCUGAACACUUCAGCCAUGUUGGUUUGGGAGAUCGAGCAUGACUUCGUGGGGCGGAGGGAUUUGGCCUUGACAUACUACCCGUCUCUCAUUGAAUUCUAUUGGUUCGUGUCCAGAACAUUUUCACUGCUCCAGCGCAAAGUACACAGGACACAGUCCGUACCGGAACCACUUGAAACUGUGCGGCGGAACUUUGGUGUGGUCCUUCAAGAGCACGCCACAAACGUUAUCGUGAGCCAAGCAAAAGAGGAAGGAAGCGAAAUGGUGUAUUUUGACGACUUUCUCGGGGAUGGAGAUUUUACAGAUGAUGGCGAACCCGAGGUAAGAGGUGAGGACCGAAUCUUCACUACCGCUAUGGCUGUUAACACAUUGGUGAACACGUGGACGGUAUUUGACUACGCCAAGGGGCAGACAUCAUGGAUCACGGAAGUUCCGGCAGUUGUCCGGGAUAUUGUGAAGAAGGCAACACUGUGGUUGACUGACAAUGCCACUAGCGGAAAAUAUAAACCCUGGAAUGCUUUCUUUUCGGGCUCUUUCAAGGGUGAUGAUACUCUUCCAGUCUUGUAUCCAUUCAACCGUUUCGAGUAUCUGAAUGGCACGAAAAUCCCUCUGAACGCUACCAUUUUUUCUGAAGACGUUCUUAUCGGGUUUGAAGGGAUAGUGUCGGAAGAUAAAUAUCAGGUAAUGCUCAACCAGACUCGCUUCGGAAGACGAACGCCAAUGGUUUUUAAGGGUUUCAACUCUGGCAACAAUUCCUUUCCCUUCUGGUGCUCUGAAGCAUAUACUUACGCCACCACCAUGCUGGCUUUGGCCCAAACCAUCUCCGUGACGUCACCUGGUCAUGCGUUCAACGUCAUUCCUACGAUUUGA